GUACGUCACCACUGACCAAGGGUUGGAGGUCGACCUCGCCAGGGUCUCGCCGUCUUUCAGCAAGGAGCUGGCAGAGGGAGCGGCCAAGAGGUGGUCCGACCGCGACGCCACCUUCAGGCUCUACCCCCAUCAGAGCUCGGAUUUGUAUUGGGGUUCGCUGCAGCGGCUGGGCAGGACCAAGGAGUCGCUCGGCUGGCAGCAACACCAGCGAGCGGCCCUCCACUCGGUCAUCUCAGGCACGGUACUCUCCCAGACGCGGCUCUACAAGAGAGGCAUGGCCUCCGAGUGGGACUGCCUCAUGUGCAGGGGAGGCAACUGCGGCGAGAUGUUCGGCAGGUGCCUCUUCCCGUCGCUCGACCAUGUGAUCCCGAGGCGCGACCCUGAUGGAGACCCAGUUAGCUGGUACCGGCGCCCAGCCUCGGGGUACCUCACAGGCCUCAUCUUCGCGGACGGCAGCGCGGUUGGCACGCGGUGGCCAGAAUUGCAGCGCGCGGGCUGGCCGCUCGUACAGUGUGACAGGCAUGGGCGCCUGGUUGCUGCAGCAUGGGGAUGGGCGCCCCUCUCCAUGGCGCCGCGGCAGGAGGCGCGGGACGGCGAGGACUACGCAUACCACAUGGCGGCCUUCCUCUGCGAGGGCCACGUCGACUUCCAGACGGACUGCGCAGGGACGGUGGACUGCGCCCUGAGGGGAGCAGCAUGGGCAUGCCGCCCUGGGUCGCCGAGGGCCCACAUGUGGAACGCGUUCUACGCCUCCUUCGACGGCUCACGCAGCCACACGGUCACCAAGGUGCUGGCCCACGCUACCGCUGCCGACGUUGAGGCAGACCGCACGACCUGGUGGCAGCAGGCAGGCAACAGGCUCGCCGACGAGGCAGCGAAGGAGGGCGCGAAGCUGGCGCUGACAGACGACCAGCUGGACUUUGCCUACGGCCUCGACCUCAUCGCAAGACAGGCGAUGAUCUUCACGGGUAAGCUCCACGCGCGCAUGGUGGAUCGGAAGCAGCUCGAUCACGCCAGUGACGUCAUCCUGGAGUUCUCGGAGCCUGAGGCGGGCUACGAGGAGCCAGAGGCCAGUGGGGGCCACGCUGCCGAGGCCUCCUGGGGGGCGGCUGGCGCGGCUGUGGUGGCCCUAGCAGCUGCGCGGGCCUCGGCGGAGGGCGACGAGCCACCUGCAGCUCGACGACCUCGGCAGCCUUGGUCGAUCGGAGGCCACGCCAUCGUCGAGCGGGCCAUCACGGGGCCUGGCACGGACGGCACCACCAUGGUCCACUGCGUGAAGUGCUACGCCUAUGCCGACCAGCGCAUGCAGGGCAUUCUGGG